AUGAGGAUAUUGGAUUCCACCAUUACGCCCGGCGAUAUCGACCGAUACACCGGCAUUCGGAUAAACACCGAUGAGGACUGCACGUUAUACGCGAUAUGUACGGCGUGUACAAGCCGGCUGAAAAAGUCAGUUGAAUAUCGAACAGCUUGCAUAAAAAAUCAAACACACUACGAGGAACUGCUCAUGAUGCUUGUCGCCAGUACCGAAUGCACAGACCACGAAGACACCCAAAGCGUGAUAUGCUUGGACAGUGAUGAUGAUACGAUGGAGUUCAAUAGUUUUGAACAAGAAGCACCAAAUCAGACACAUUUUCCCCAGGCGGUAAACAUCCAGCAAGAAGUAGACAUGCUGCAGGAGGAAGACAGUUGCACCGAUACUAUUCGCAGCUCAAACAGCACCCAGUUAUCGAUGUGCAACGAAGAGGGUGAAAUGUACAGCGCUAAUUAUAUCGAGCCUGGCGAACCAUAUAGUUCCGAAUUGAGCGAAGUUGAUCUAUUUGAACCGACAGUGGAAUUUGUUGUUCCGGAGAAAGCAGCUGGAGAUUUGCUCGCAUAUGACGAAAUUGCAUCAACCGACCAUGAAGUAGUUGAGUGGUACGAACAACCAAACGCAGCCAAAAAGACUGUGCUAAACGAUGACGGCGAUCUGCAAACGGCGUCCUCUACCGAAACGCACGAAGAGCUAUACUCUGCCAACUACAUCGAACUAGGUGAACUGCGCUCUGAAGAUGACGAGGUCGAUCUGUUGCAAAACGACAGCCUAACGAACAAAGCCAGUGAAAUGAAAUCCGGUAAAAAACAUUGCCGAUCACUAUCACGGACUAAACCUGCCGGAGGUGAUGCUGGCCGUGCAAACGAGAGCCGUAUCCCAUCUAGACGUACCAAACGAAAGCCGGAAAUUGCGCUUUGCGACACGUGCGGUAAAACUGUGAGCAAUCUCGCAACGCAUUCAGCAAUCCACACCGCAGAACACAACAAUGCGUGCCCUUAUUGUUCGAUCAAGAUGAAACUUGCAUCAAAUCUUAUGCGCCACAUACAGGCAGUGCACUUGAAGAAGGCUGUGAAAACGUGCACUGAGUGUAAUGUUGGUUUCACUCACUACACAACCUACCGAUCGCAUCUGGUAUGCCGCAUGUACAAUAGCAUGGUUGAUCGGAUGUUUCACUAA